GGCAGCGCCAUUCAUCACGAGAGGGCCAGCAGCCAUCCGUUUUCCACCCUGAUCUACUGAAAACCACGGAGCAAUUCAAUUGAGGCCUGCUCGAUUCCGCAACCGGUCCACACAACAUGCUUCCAACCUCGCUCCUCGGGGCCUUGUCGCUCACCACAGUCGUCGCCGCGAGCGCCAUAUCACCCGUCCUCCCCGUCGUCAACAACGCCUGCACCAGCCCAUCAGUCCGCAAGGAGUGGCGCGAGCUCACCGACGCGGACAAGGCCGAGUACCUCCGCGCGGCUACGUGCGUGCGCGAGCUGCCCAAGGCCAAGUACGCCGCCAUCGACGCCGUGACGACGCGUAUGGACGACCUGGUCUACACCCACUUCUCCCUGAAUCUGGACAUUCACUUUGUCGCCAACUUCCUCCCGUGGCACCGCUGGUUCGUGCAGCUCCACGAGGACCUCCUGCGCAACGAGUGCGGCUUCACGGGCGCCCAGCCGUACUGGGACUGGUCCAUUGACGCCGAUGCCGAGGACGUGCCCAACGCGCCCGUCUUUGACCCCGUCACCGGCUUUGGCGGCGAUGGCCAGCGGACCGACAGCGACGAGCCAGGCUUCGAGCGCUGCGUCGUCGACGGUCCCUUUGCCAAUACCAAUCUAACGCUGGGUAUGGGGUGGCCCGACGUGAACGAGGACGGCGACCGCCUCCACUGCUUCACGCGUGAGCUGAAUGGCGGCCUGGGGAAGGAUGAGAACGGUAACCAAAUCAUCGGUGACAUGCAGGCAUCGGCGUAUAACUCGCGCGUGAUGAACACUAUCUACUCAUUCGACACGUUUGCCGAUAUGGCGGAUAUGCUCGAGGGUCUGCCGCACGCACAGGUCCACAGCGUCAUCUUUGGCGACAUGGGCCCCGCCACGUCGCCCAACGAGCCUCUCUUCUUCCUGCACCACGCCAACGUCGACCGUGCAUGGGCCAAGUGGCAAGGCCGCAACGCGACUCGCCUGGCCGACUACACCGGUUUCCAAGAUCGCAGCCACACAAUUCCGGCCUCGCUCAACAACACGAUGCCCGUCAUGGAGCUCGCGGACACCAAACCCGUCGUCAAGGACUACAUGGAUAUCCGGGCGGGCCCUCUGUGCUAUACAUACUCAUCCAUGUGAUUGAUGGAGGGAUAGCUGAACCUGGAAUCUUGGCGUAGCCGGUGGGUUCAUUGGAUCGCGGUCUUGGAAUGCACAUAGACGUAGUCUAAUGAAAGUAAUCCAAUUUAGUCAUUUAGAUCACGAGAUUUUACUGACUCGGUCGGGUGGUGUAUACAUGUACCUUAAUAGGGGUGAGAAGUAUGCCUUGACCGUGCGGGAUUGAGCCGGGGAAGCCUAGUGGAUAAUUCUCAAACAACCCCGUUCAAAGAUAGCACUAGCGAAAGACGGGUAUAUGUAAGCAUAGCAGCAUGCGGUAAUUGGGUAUCUGCAUCGUCAACAAGUCUCAGCAGAGUUAGUAAUUCCUGAAGCACCUGCAGGAUGCAACCUUUGCGCUUCUGGAAUCUCGGACUGACUAGGUCAUCGAAUCUCCCAGAGUAC